AUGGCAAAAGCAGUGGAGGUCUUCAUCCGGGACAAGUAUGAGAGGAAGAAAUACUAUGACAAGGACGCGGUGGCCACAGCUCCAGAAGACAGUGGUUCAUCAGCCCAAUCUUCGCCCGUUUGGCGCUGCGUCGACAUCUCCGACAGCAUCAAAGAUGGAAGAGGGGAGAGAGAGGCCUUGACGGAAGGGGGAUAA